CCCAUGUCCUUGCACUGAAAUUCUUACAAUCUCUCUCUCUCUCUCUCUCUCUCUCUUCUUGGCAAAAUUUUUCUGAAGAAUUGCGAUGAAGUGUGUUGCAGUUCUGUUUAUUCUUGCUUCUCUAGAAUACGGAUUAAUGUCUCGAGGAGUUUCAUGUUUUGGCGUGAACUACGGUCAGGUCGGCGACAACCUGCCCCCUCCGGACAAAGUUCUCGAGCUCUUGAGCUCGCUGAAGAUCGCAAAGACAAGAAUCUACGACACGAACCCUCAGGUGCUGACCGCAUUCGCCAACUCCAAGAUCGAGAUCAUAGUUACCGUCGAAAACAACAUGCUCCCCUCGUUGGUCGACCCUUUAGAAGCUCUCCAAUGGGUGAAUUCUCGUAUCAAACCCUACGUUCCCGCCACCAAGAUCAGUGGAAUCGCUGUCGGGAACGAGCUCUUCACCGACGAUGAUUCAAGCCUCAUAGGGUAUCUUGUGCCCGCGAUGACGAGCAUUCACUCGGCUCUCGUCCAAUCGGGAUUGGACCGAUACAUUCAAGUAUCGACCCCGAACUCGUUGUCGGUUCUUCAAGAAUCAUACCCUCCAUCCGCAGGCUGCUUCAAAUCCGAAGUGGCGAGCAUAAUGUCGCAGCUCCUUGCUUUCUUGCAAAGCACGAAAUCCCCUUUCUGGAUAAACGCUUACCCUUACUUCGCCUACAAAGACAGCCCUAGCAAGAUCCCGUUAGACUACGUCUUGUUCAACCCCAACACCGGCAUGGUCGACCCUUACACGAAGCUUCACUACGACAACAUGUUGUACGCGCAAGUCGACGCAGUGAUCUUCGUCAUUGCGAGAUUAGGGUUUGGACGGAUCGAAGUGAAAGUGUCGGAAACCGGGUGGCCCUCGAGAGGAGACGAGGACGAGACGGGAGCGACGGUGGAAAACGCCGAGACAUAUAACAAGAACUUGGUGAGGAGACAGAUUCGGAACGAGGGAACGCCGCUGAGACCGAACAUGAGGCUUGAGGUUUAUCUGUUCGCUUUGUUCAAUGAAGAUAUGAAACCCGGCCCGACAUCUGAGAGAAACUAUGGGUUAUAUCAACCUGAUGGAACAAUGGCUUAUGGUGUCGGUCUCAUUGGACGUUCGUCGUCUUCUUCUUCUUCAACCUCUUCCAUUAUUUCGCUUACUUCCUCUGCUUCCAUGGCUAUAAAGAAGGAAUAUCAAGGGUUGGUAUAUCGGACGUCGGUGUACUUGUUGGCCCUUCACAUGCUAAUGAGAAGACCAUAUUAAAUGCAAGGGGUUUUUGCAAAAAUGUAAAUAUACGGUCCAUUUGGGUUCGUUAAUUUUUUUUCCUAAUGACAAAUUAAAUUUAAUCAAAGGGUCGUAUGAUUCUUUGACAAUUUUUCAAAAAUAUUCAUUCGGAAUCGUGAUGUUUUUUUUUUAAAAAAAAUUAUUUUAUAAAUCCAUUGUUUUAUUAGAAAGUUAGAGCCAUGUACGUAAAGGAAAAAA